GAAACUGGAGUGAGAGAGAGCAAGUGGACUGGGACGAGGACGAGGACGAGGACGAGGACAUCCCGAGUGCCUGCGCUCGUCCAUUCCCCCCUCCCUCGGGUGGGCUGGGCUGGGUCAGUCAGUCUCCAGAAGCCCGCUGAUCCCCGGGACCGUGAGAGCAUGGGCGCCUCGCCGUCGCUGUCCGCCAGGGAGAUCCGCAACCUUACCGACUCCACCAGCUUUUCUGCAGAGCAAAUUGAAAUCCUGCACAGAAGGUUCCUACAUCUCACUGAUGGGAAGACUACAAUGAGCAGAAACAGCUUUGACAAUGUUCCAGAUUUGGACAGUAAUCCCAUUAAAUCAAGAAUCGUAAAUGCAUUUUUUGACGGGAGAAACCUGGGCUUACGGUCGAAAGAAAGAGUUGAUGAAAUCACAUUUGAAAACUUCCUGACCACGUUGUCGUUUUUCCAACAUGUGGAGGAUACCCACCCAAAGGAAGACUUGGAGUUCUGCAAAAUUGAAAAACUUAAAUUUUUAUUUCGCAUGUACGACACUAAUGGAGAUGGAAAAAUCACUUUGGAAGAAUUAAGAGAGAUUGUAGAUGAAUUAUUAUCCAAGAAAGCUACUACGGAUGUUACUUCCUCGUCAAUAGCAGACGCUGCAAUGUUGGAGGCUGCAAACAUCUGUAUGGGACAAACGGAAACUGACGAACAAUACGACGGAAUAACCUUUACUGACUUCCUUCAGAUAAUGAAAGACCUCAAGAUAGAAUCCAAAAUGCAUGUGCGUUUUCUACAAAUGGACACCACAGCCAUGUGCACACAGUAAAAGAACUGGAAGUGAACAAGCCUGCAGAAAGCAAACAAAUAAUCUGUUGAUUGUGAAUGGGGUGAUGCAGUACAAGUCCAAAGUAACUGUACUCAUCUGUAUUUUUUAAACUUAGAUUUUGUACUUUCAUCCUUGGAGAAAGUUUUAGAAUUUAGAAAAAAUGCAGCUUCUUGGUGAAUCGGUUCUGCUAUUCCAGAGCUCUUUUUGAGCAAAGGUUCUUCCCUCUAUAAUCAGUAAAUGGUGCACAAAGUAAUUUUACACAAAGCAUUGUUUAUAAAACAGAAGCUACACAGUUAUUUUAAUUGAUUUCCAUGCAUUUUCUGAGGUUCUGCGGAUGGGAGCAAUUUAAAGUCAAAUAGUUCAUUUGCUUGUACAGUUACUAAACGAGUAAGUGACGGCCCUCCCUACAAAAAUGACCUAUUUCCAAACAUUAUUGAUAGCCUAUGCUUCAGUUUAGUGUGCAAUGGAAUCACAGCAUGCUAAUCAACUAAUCGCCUAACGCUUAGUCCCUGAGAAACACAACUUUCCUUUCAAAUAAAUCUUGAUAUACCUGAACAUUCAGUUCAACAUGGCUUGUUUAACCUAACCUUGGUAAGAACUGGCAAAUUACUAACAUGCUGAUUCAACCUACUCACUCUUGUACCAUUAAAAGGCUUUGUUGGGGCCUUCCUUUCCCAUCAAGUUGUGGCAAUGCCUUCCAAAUACUGGAUGGGAACGAUGCUCUCCCCAGCCUCUCCUUAUUGGUGCCUAUAAAUUCAGUUGCAUGCACCAUGUUCUUUCCUUUGCACCAUUUUAUUUACAUUUCCCAUUCUCCAGAGAUUUUUAUUCCUCUGCCUUCCAGUCUCAAGGGCAUGCAAAUGACUCCUGAAGACCGUUGCCUUUCACCAAUGCUAUUAAUUCCCAGACUGGGAGGAAUUAAUCACCAGCGUUUCCAUUCUAUUCUGUGGGGAGAUUCUAGCUAUGGAUCAGCACUUGCACCUUAAUGCUUGGAGUAGCUGCACUACAGUGAACCAAUACCACUUUUAUGAAAACAAUCUGAUGAUGGAUACUUUAUUUUUUAUAGUAGUUUGUACUUGUAUGUUUGAUUGCAUUCUUACUAUUUUAAGUACCAGAAUUAAUAAAGAGAUCCUAUUGAUUCUUCCACAUAAUUGAGACGAUAUUGAGCUGCAUUUUCUGGCAGUUAACCACUAUUUUUUAUUUUUCGGAAUGUGGGCUUCACUGGCAAAGCCAGUGUUUGUGUCCAUGUCUAACGGAUUGAAAUAUGUGGUAAUGUGCUGCCUUGAUAAGGUUGCCGUCCUUUUGUAGAAAUUUCUCCCAUAGUAUCGUGUAAGGUGUUGCAGGAUUUAGUUGGGCACCGUGAUACAUUUCCAAAGAAAGGGGCAGCACAGUGGCAGCGUUGUUGCCUUACACUCUAGAGAUUAGAUUCUGAUUACGGGUGCUGUCUGUGCAGAGUUUGUACGUUCUUCCUGUGAUUGUGGGAGUUUUCUCCAGGUACUCCGGUUUCCUCCCGCACUCCAAAAACGUACAGGAUUGUAGGUUAAUUGGCUUCCAUAAAAAUUGUACAUUGUCCCUAGUGUGUAGGAUAGACCUAGCGUUAGGGCUGAUCACUGGUUGGCACAGGCCGAAGGGCCUAUUUCCGCACUGUAUCUCUCAAGUCUAAAGGAAAGUAAGACGAUGCAUCAGGUAAGCCACGUGCUGCUGCAUUUGCAGUUGCUGAGCAACACUUUAGUUUAACUUUUUUGCGCAACUUGAGUUUUGUCUUUUAUGAAAAAAAUGGCUAACAAAAAGAAAUUGAUAAAGGUUCUAAUCCCUAAAAUAACAUUAUUACAGCAUUGCAAAGUACAGCUAUUUACAUGGCUAAGCUUUUUUCGUCACAGUCCAAACGGACUAAAAUUCUUAUCUCCUUUUGUUUACUAGAUUUUAAAGUUUGCAGAUUUUAAACCAGCUAUUUUUGUUCAGAGACAAACCAAAGACAUACUCAGUGGUAGAGCUGAUGCCUCACAGCGCCAUGGGCCCAACUUCAAUCCUGACUUUGGGUGCUGUCUGUGUGUGAUGCAAUCUCCCUGUGACCGCGAGGAGUUUCUCCGGGUGCUCCAGUUUUCUUCCGCAUUCCAAAGACGUGCAGGUUUGUAGGUUAAUUGGCAGCUGUAAAUUGGCUCCAGUGUGGAUGAGAAGGUGGGAUGACAGAACUAGUGUGAACAGGUGGUUGAUGCUCAGCAUGGACUCUGGGGGCUGAAGGAUCUAUUUUAACGAUGUAUCUCUGUACUACCCUAUAUAUAAAAUUAAAGCAUUGCGAUGUUUUCCUCCACAAAAUGGAAGCAAGAAUCAACUGACAAUUAGAAACCAAUUUUAUUGUUUUACAGCAUUUCAGGCCAAAACUAGGAGACUUCCAAUGGAACAUGGUCUGAAUUAUACAAUAGAGUAUUCAAAAACAAAUGUACCUGAUAUAUAGCAACACAAAGUUUACACUUGAACAUUUUCAUCGUUUUAAAAAAAUAUACACGUGGAUUCUCUAAAUGAAUAAGGUGCAUGAAAUUACAUUUAUAUAUGAUGCACAUGAUGUCCUGAGAUUUCCAAACUUAUAUUAGCAAAAUUCUCUUGGUUUGUCCUGAUUGUUAGACACAUUCAUUGCAUUCUGCAUUUAUUUCCAAAACAAUAGAAAACUCAC